CGGUUUGAUAGUGGCAAUAAGUUCUAUCAGGCUGUUUUGGAAACAUUUUCUUAUAGGUGUCUUUUUAUUCAACCUCAGAUUAGUCUUUUACGAUAUAAAAAGUGUUUUAAAAGUAAAUUUUUUGGUUACGGAGUAGAGGGAAGUACAGUCAUCUCCAACAAUUGAGAAGGACUAACCGACUCACCAAGCGCCAUAUUUCAGUGCAAAAAGUUUAUUGUUAAAGUAUUAAGUAGCCGAGUAAUAGUACUGGUUGGCCAUAAUUAUGGACCCAAUUGACAUUACACGCUUGGAAGAGGCAGUUGUUGUCUUUUAUCGCUCAACUUCACAAGAACAGGCCAUCACGCAUGAGUGGCUUACGAAAGUUCAGACCAGUCCACAAGCGUGGCAAUUCUCGUGGCAGCUUAUGGAGCUCGGCAAGAGUCAAGAAGUUCAGUUUUUUGGUGCUGUUACACUACACUCCAAGCUUAUGAAGUACUGGCAUGAGGUACCCUUCGAGAACCACGAAGAACUGAAGCAAAAAAUUUUCGAGAAAAUCAUUCAAUUUGCCGGCGGCCCUAAAUUGGUUCUUAAUCGGCUUUGUAUCGCUCUCAGCGCAUUAAUCGUUCAUAUGAUCGGUGAAUGGUCAACAGCCAUUGAGGAUGUGAUAAACACAUUUCAGAAUCAGCAAAUACCAAACGUUAAUAAAGAAAUGCAAUUAUGGAUAAUGCUAGAGGUUCUGCAGGCCAUUCCAGAAGAGAUGCAGGCAAUUUUCACGUCAGUCAAAAGAACCACAUUGCGUGCUGAAGUGGCCAAACGUGCACCGUUGGUAAUGAAGACGACAGAAGCAUAUUUGAGCAUGCAAUUAGAACGUGCUUGGGAUAGCGAAUGUUUUAGCAACAUGACACGCGCUGUGAAAUGUGUUGGCACUUGGGUGAAAAUUAUUGGUUUCUCAAUUGAGAGUUGUCAAAAUAUUUCGGCAAUUCUGCUUAGAGUGACUAAUAAAUGUUACUGGCCUUGUGUCCAGGAUCCGGAUGGGGAUGGGUGCAUGUCUGCCGAUGAAAACGAAUUAGCCGAGACGUGCCUAAAAACAUUACUUAGCAUAAUUAUACAACCAGACUGCAAUGCUUAUCCUAAAACGGCUUUUAUACUUAUUAAAAUGUUCUUGGAUUCACUAUGCGAUAUCACGAAAAUGGAAUGGAAGCGUGAUAACAACAAUGAAGAUAUUGUAGUCAAUAUUUACACACUUUUCGUAUCCGCCGUGGAAAGGCAUUCGCAGCUGCUGUUGAGUGGAAUAACUACGACAGACCCCGAACUUUCGGCCCUUUAUGGACGGCUUGUUAAUGAAAUUUUACAAUGCACAGAUAAGCCGGGAAUUUACCCCGUCGAAGAGUCGUGUAGUAGCAUGGCUAUGGGUUUUUGGUACUUAUUGCAGGAUGAGGUUUUUGCUAUGCACAACGAAGAGGAACGCAUAAAGUGUUGGGAAUAUAUAAAACCACUGUACGCACACCUAACGCGAAUAUUGGUGCGUAAAUCGGAACAACCGGACGAAAACUCAAUUGACAAAUGGACAUCGGAUGAUUUGGAAAGUUUCCGUUGCUAUCGCCAAGAUAUUUCGGACACAUUUAUGUAUUGCUAUGAUGUGCUGCAUGAAUACAUACUCGACAUACUUGCCACGGUACUAGAUGAGAUUAUCGCUGAACUGCAAACGAAUCCUACACAAUGGACAAAAUUAGAGGCCUGCAUUUAUUCAUUUCAAUCGGUAGCAGAGCAUUUUGGAGCUGAGGAAUCUAAACAGAUACCGAAACUGAUGCGCGUUCUCUCAGAAAUUCCAUAUAAUAAAAUGAAUGAAAAACUGCUUGGAACCGCUCUUGAGACUGUAGGCUCAUACUGUCAGUGGUUAAAAGAGAAUCCAACCUUUAUACCCCCCGCUAUAGAGUUGUUGGUGCGAGGAUUAAACUCGGCUAUGGCUGCGCAAGCUACCCUGGGACUUAAAGAGCUUUGCUGUGUAUGCCAACUUCAAAUGAAACCAUUUGCGGAACCGCUUUUGAAUGCUUGCCAAGUCUCACUGUCUUCAGGUCAGAUGAAGAAUUCGGAUUGUGUGCGUUUGAUGUAUAGUGUGGGCAAGCUGAUGAGUCUGCUUUCCGCUGAUACUAUACCCAACUAUUUGGAUAUCAUAGUGAGCCCAUGCUUUGAAGAGCUACAGGCCAUUUGCCAGAAUGAGAGCAAAACCCCAGCAUCGCGCGUACGUACAAUUUUUCGCCUGAACAUGAUAUCUACAUUAUUUUCUUCGCUAAAUACGCAUUUAGAUGAGGAUCAAGUUGAAGAUCUGGAAAACUUGCAACCCGUGCUGAUUGUGAUGCAAAAAACAAUGCCCAUAUUUCGGCAAAUCGCAGAACUUUGGGUGGAAGAAUUGGAUGUGCUCGAGACUGCUUGUACUGCUUUGCAACAUGCAAUUAUCAAUCUCAAAUCGAGUUUCCGGCCAAUGCUGCAAGACCUUUGUUGUUUUAUUGUAGCUAUUUUCCAAACCCGCUGUUGUGCACCAACGUUGGAGAUAUCAAAAACGGCUAUUAUAAUCUUCUACAAGGACGAAGGGUGUAAGGCAUUGAUGCAACAACUUUUGAUGGAAUUUGUAAUUCAUAGUUUCAAAUUGUUCGAAUCGACAGAGGAAGCCGCUUUCUCGAAUAUCGCUGACACAAUAGAAAUGUUUUACGCCUGUCUUAUGCAGAUUAUAAAGAAGUUGCCACAAGCGCUCGAUGACGAAGCGAUUGCUUAUGAUAAACUUAUAUACUAUGCGUUGAAAGCAAUGGCUCUGCCCGAAAAUGGUCCCAUUCGCACCAGUGUGCAGUUCAUCUCACAUUUUGUAUUGCAGUCGCGCAACUAUGCGCGCAUGACACAGGCAGUGUUAAACUCAGGCGAGGAGAUUCUCCGCACUGCGGUGCUGUGUGUCGGUUGUAUCACACCACGACAACAAGUGGAAAAAUUCGCUGAUAUUUUCAUGGCAAUCAAUAAGAAAUAUCCUGCUGAAUUGGUUGCUUGGCUGAAGGCUGUAAUGUAUUUACCCGGUUUUCCUACACAACUGGUCGACGCUGAUGAGAAAGCGAAAUUCGCUGGCCUAAUCAUAAGGGAGAAAGUCAAUAAGCGUUUGCUGCAAAAACAUCUCAGCGACUUCGCUAUAAAAGCGCGAGGCCUAACUGAUAAAUUUCAGUAAAUACGCCAAGUAGACGACGCCAAAUAAAGACGCAAAGGAACAUUUUAAUGCAAACGCGUUAAAAGAAAAGUUGCUAAUAGAAUUCCUUAUUGCCAAAUUGUGUGUUGAAAUUGUCAAAAGCAUUAAGCCAUUAAGCGCAGUCGGUGUACGAGACGGUUAGCAGUUAACAGAUUUCUUUAAAUUAUUGUUUCAACGUGUUUUGCUUUCCCUUGUACAACAAGUCUAGUAUUUGUAUGCCGUUUUGCACAUACGCAUUUUCUUUUGACCAAUUGCGUAAAGUUCUAAAUACUUGAAUUGUAAUAUAAGGUUUAUCAAAUCAUAUUUUAAAAAAUUAAGUGAGUUACGAUUUAUGCCUAUUUAUGCCCACUUGUUAAUGUGUUUCUAAGCAAUCAAUAUGAAUAUGAAUAAUUUAAAGAAUUACUCAAAUGUGUUUUGUGAUGAUUUAUUAAGCUAUAUAUUUGUUUUUGUAUAAUAAUUAUAUGACGAGUUUUACCAUUAUUUAAAGAUAUAUAAAUAUGGGUAGCACAUGAGGACUAAAGGCAUAAAGGACAAAUAAUUUUGCACUAUGUCCUUGUCAGUCUAGCCGUGAAUUGUAUGGAUAAACACAUAAGUAAAAAAAAGUGCUGUUUAUGGACCUAAUACAGUAACGAGUGCUGUAGCAGCAACUAUGGUUUGGCAAUAGUGAAAAAAUGUUGAUAAAACCGUGGAAAUCGCCCAGAGUCUGAUCGACAUGCGAGCACUUAUGCCAGCCAUUGCCCAAGAAUUGAAGUUUAGUCAGAAAUCCUCUCUCUCUCUUAGUUUCACAGUCUGUUAUGGACCAGUCAGAAAUCCUAGCAUUACUUUUAUUGCUUUGAAUGUAUUCAUCGUCUUUAUAUAGGCCCCCUCUGCUUGCAUGCACUUAACUGAUUUUCUUUGACUGACUAAUCGAUUAAGUGACUCUAUUUUUUGAAAAAUAUAUAAAGCUAAGCGCGUAGAUUUCAUUUAUCGAAAUAAAUGUAAAACUCAUCAUGUAACUGUUAUAUUGCAAACAAAUCGUAAGUAAUUAAUAAGCGUUUUGUUGUAUUUGACAUUUAACUUAAAAAUAUAAGAGCCCAAAGUAUGAUUUUACACAAAGUUACUUUUAGUCAUUACCUACCGUCUCUAAUGUAUACUCAUAAUAAUCUGAUUUUCGGUUGCUGCGGUUAUCUGGAGCAUUUGCAUUACUCAUAAAUAACCUAUUAAUGGCAACAAGACUCAAGAUAUAAAUGUGAGCUAAGUUGUAUCAAAGGCAUAUAAUCUUAAGACAAACGUACAUACACAUUUAAAGUAGAAAUAGAGUGUUUUCGAAGAGACGACUGUCGUCCAAAGGAAUAGAAAUACUUAAAAAAAAAAAAAAAAUUAUAAGAAGUUUCCCAAUGCUUUCCAUUGUAUGUAAGUUUGUAUGUAGCAUUUUUCUCGAGCAUAUGUAAGCAACUGUUGUGCAGAAUGUGAUAGUAGUAUUGUAGAAACAUAAUAUUUUCCCCAUAUUCAUUGAAAUAAUACAAAAAGUGCAUUCGCAUUUCCUCUAAACAGAUAUAUCCGACUCAUAUGUAUUUAUUGUUUGAACCAAAACGAAUUCAUGUAUUCAAUGAGGUGGAGUAACUCGCACAAGAAAAUAUCAGAAUAUUUAUGUUUGUAAAACAAGACUUGAAUGAGUGAAUGUUUAAUGUAUUAUUAUUCCAAAAUAUUAUAUUUAACUUUUAAUAGAAAAGAAAUAAAUAGUUAAGUUACUUAGACCAGCAAAUACUCGUA